AUGUCCAACCUAACCACCAUGACCGAGUUCCUUCUCCUCGGAUUCUCUGAUGUUCAGGAGCUGCAGAUUUUGCACUUUGUGGUGUUUCUUGUGAUUUACCUGGUAGCCCUGGUGGGGAAUCUUCUUAUCUUUAUGGCCAUAGCCUUUGACCACCACCUUCACACCCCCAUGUACUUCUUCCUGAUGAAUCUGUCCAUCCUAGACCUUGGCUCCAUCUCUGUCACAGUUCCCAAAUCCAUGGCAAACUCCCUCAUGAACAGCAAGUCCAUUUCCUAUGCUGGAUGUGUUGCCCAAGUCUUUUUCCUCUUAUUCUUUUUGGGAGCAGAUUUUUCCUUUCUCACCAUCAUGGCGUACGACCGAUAUGUUGCCAUCUGCCAACCACUGCACUAUGAGAGAAUGAUGAACAGCAGAGCUUGUGUCCAAAUGGCAGCCAGUGCCUGGAUCACUGGGAUUCUCAACUCUGUACUACACACCAGGAACACGUUUGCAUUGACCUUCUGUGAAGGCAACAUGGUGGAUCAGUUCUUCUGUGAGAUCCCGCAGCUACUCAAACUCUCCUGCUCUGACUCAUAUCUGAGUGAAUUUGGCGUUCUUGCUUUCAGCUGCUUUGUUUUUAUCAUUGUGUCAUAUGUUCAGAUCUUCAAAUCAGUGCUCAGAAUCCCCUCUGAGCAGGGCCGGCAUAAAGCCUUCUCCACCUGCCUUCCUCACCUCACUGUGGUCUCCUUGUUUGUUUUCACUGGGUCCUUUGCCUACCUAAAACCCACCUCCAGCUCCCCAUCUGCUCUGGAUCUUGUGGUGGCAGUUCUCUAUUCCGUAUUGCCACCAAUCAUGAAUCCAAUUGUCUACAGCCUGAGGAACAAGGAGAUGAACGCUGCCCUGAGAAGACUGACUGGGUGUAGUUGGCUGGGAAACUUCAUCAUCAUCACCACCCUGAUCACCAACCACAGGUUCCAUACCCCCAUGUACAUUUUGAACUUGGCUUUCCUGGAUGUCAGUGAAUCAUCAGAAAAUGCUCCAAAUAUGGAGGUCGACUUUCCCAGUGUAAAAGCAUCUUGUUCAGUCAUCAAACUGGCCUGCACUGACACCCACAUGGUAGAACUGCAGAUGGUCUUCAAUGGUGGAGUGCUGCUCAUAAUAGUAUUAAUUGUUCUGCUUAUUUCCUACACCAUCAUCUUAGUGAAGAUCAGGACACACAUCACAGAAGGGAAAUGCAAGGUUCUGUCCAAAUGA